AUGGUCGCCGUGGCGGGGGCGGCGGUGGCGGCGGAGCUGUGUGGAGCAUGGACUUCGUCCGAAGCUGGCGGGGUGAAGCACGGCAUCUAUGGCGCAAUAGCUGCUUUGAACCGGGCCUUUGGAAAGGAGCAGGGAAUGCUGGGACAGUGUUGCGACGACAAGGCGGUCGUGGCCUCAUCUUGGUCUUUCAACAUGUUUCUGUUUCUUUGGAACCCUGUCCACGUGGAAGGCCACCGGUCAAAGGUCACACAAGCCACGGCUGACGACGUCAAGUUUGAACGACACGACAAGGCUCAAGCAGAAGCAGCAAGGGUCGUCGUCCGUGAUGAGCAGCUAGGAAGGGUAGUGAGGUGCCGGCGCGCCGGGAGAAGACCUUCCACAAGCCGAUCUCCAUCGCUUAUUGCAGAGUGGCAGCGUGGCUAG